AUGGCCGACCUCAAAGAACACCACCACGACUACAGACACAGACGGCCCCAUACUCCGCAAUCGCCGUCCCAGAAGAGCCCGUCCAACGCCCACAAACGAUGCUGGGACUGGAUCAUCGUCGGCGGGAACUGCCAUUACGCAAAGAACCGAACCGCCUUCCGUAGCUACCGGCGCGCACCCGGGAAGAUCGGCGGCUCCAAGGUAUUGGGGGUGGGAACGGUGGAGUUGAAGGUCCGACGGACCUCGAACGAUGAGCGCUCGAGCACGUUGGUCCUGACGGAUGUACUGCACAUGCCAAACGCACGCUGCAACGGACUGAGUAUCUCCAAAUACCGAGAGGCGAAUCCGCUAUCCGGCGUCGAGAUGGAGAAGGAGCAUUUCCAGGCGACGAGUCAUAUCGAUGGGGAGCCCCUGUGGUGUGCGGAUGAGUUCUGCGGCAUGUCCAAGGUGGCGCUGGCAGGUAAUCCCAAGGGGGAGUCGUAUCUCAGGGAUGGCCAGGUGUACAUGCUGAGUGUCAUUGCUUCUUCAGAGGAGUUGGAACGGCUGAACAAACGGCUCAGAGAUACGGAUUGGACGGUCCAUUCUUAG